GACGGUUACCAUGGCGUCCAGCCGCAGGUGGUUGAGAUGGACCGCAGAUCAGCAGGAGCCGCUGAGCUGAAGGUCUGGAGGACUGAUCCGGGAUCCAUCUUUGACUUUGAUCCAGUGGAGGACAAUAUUCAGUCUAAAAGCCUGCGCAGGAUGACGGAGCGUGGCCCCCAGCAGUCGGUGUGCAGUUCUCCGGGCUCAGAGCUCUGGGCCGAUCGCAGCGUGUCUGUCUGCAGCAGCGCUUCUGCACUGCAGGACCGAUCCACUUCAGGUGUGUUCCAGCAUCACUCCCAUCAUCCUCAGCAGGGUUACGGACACAGCCUUCAGUCUCCUCCACACUCCAUGAGGGUGUACCGGGCGCUGUACGAUUACGCCGCUCACGAUCACGACGAGGUUUCCUUCCGCGACGGAGACGUGAUCGUUAACGCGCAGCCCAUCGAUGAGGGAUGGAUGUUCGGCACGGUCCAGCGCACCGGAAGGUCCGGCAUGCUUCCGGCGAACUACGUGCAGAGUUUACACUGAGAUCAUCAUCACACAAUCACAGCAGUCUGAAGAGUUUGAUCAGACGUCUGCUAAAAGACAAGCGAUCAUUAGAUUCAUAUGGAAGCUUAUUUCUGCAGAAUAAAUAUAUUAAAAAGUGAUUGAU